CGCCGGCAGGGGGCACACCGCAAUUUCCACCUCCACCCGGAAGCUGCCGUAUCCGUUUCUAUGGAGACGGAGCGAGGCGAUGAGGCCUGGCCCGACGAGAAGAGGCCCCGUUUGGCUCUAGGAGGCCUGGUGCUCUCCCAUUGUGCCCCGCAGAGCGUGGGGAUGCUGGACUGGAUGGCCCCACAGCCCUACAUUCGGUUCCCUAGGCCUGCAGCUGCAUGGCAGGCCUGAGUUCAGCCCUGCAGCAGGUGUAUGCGCAGGAGGAUGGCCAUGAUCCCUUCCACCCUCUGCCAGGGAACAGUGAGGAGCGGGGCUUUGCCUCCAGCACCAAAACCCUUUUGCCUGUGCAGGAAGCCUGACAGCCUGAUAGCAAAGCCAGUGCUGCACUAAGCCUGGCUGGAGCCACGUGGGGCAGUGCUGGUGUGGGCUACAAGCUGUGAGCAUUCUAGGACUUCACCCAGGUUCCUCUUGAGCUCUUUGCACAUUUAGAGCUAUUUGCAAAGGAUGGCUUGCUGGUGACAGCCACCACGUCAUCUACAUGCCUUGGCCAUGAAAAAGCAAGAGGAAAGGAGGGCUCGGCGCAAAGCUGGCCCUUUGUGGGGUUCAUGAAACAUAAAUUUGGUGUUUAUGUGGUUUUUCAUUCUUCCUCUUUGGGUUGCAAUGACAAACUAAAAAAGCCCUUCCUGCCUGCCCGCUGUGCUGUUUGUGCUGUGAGCUGGGACGUUUGCUCUGUAUAUACAAACCAGGGGAGCAGCAGCUGCUGCUGUGUCUGCUGGGUGCCAGCACAGCACCCUGCAUGAAGGGUUUGCUCCAAGCCAGGCCUUUGAGGCACUGCGGUUCCAUAAAUAACACUGUAUGUGUUAAUUAGCCUUAUAUACUGCCAUGAUGAGCAUCGUGAAGACCAGCAGUGAAGCAGGUGCCCAUUGGGAGCCAGCGUUGGCUGUGGCCACCUAUCUGCACCAGGGACACGUGGCUCUGCUCCUCUUCCCACCCUGCUGGAGCACCUGCUGCAGGCUUCCAAGCACCCCAGCGCUGUGGGCGUGUGUGAAUCUGGCUUUCUGCUCGGCUGUGGGUGUGAAGAAACUGUGAAUUCUUCUCAGCGCUUUCAUUACCUUAAUAAAAUUACUUCGGGGCUAUUAAGUUCUUUUGCAGAGAAAUAAGAUGUAACUGCAUCUUUCAUUAGCAUCUCCUUCCCCCGAGCCCCAAAAGAGCUCUGCUGCUGGAUUGCACAUCUGUAGUUUUUUAUUAAAUUCACAUCUAGGUGCUUGCAGGCCUUCGGCAGCAGCUUAGACCAGAUGCUGCUGGUGGUGAGCUGGAGAAUGGUGCUCAGCACAGUGCUUGUGUCAGGCCAGGCCUUCUCCCUCAGUUACAGUUUUAGAUUAGCUGUAAGAACCUCCUCAGAGCUCUGGUCCUUUUGAACGUUGCAUCAUCAAUGUUUUUCUUAAGAGAGAAGUUCUUACCUAAACUCACCUGCCUUACAGAAAUAGCAGAGAUAAUAAGUCUCAAAUAAGAUAAAAACCAGCAUUUGUUUUACCCCGUGACUGCCAUUCACCGAGUUUUUCCAGCAUCACCCUCUGUUCCUUAGCACUCUGUAGGCCUCCCUCCUAUGUCAGAGGCUCUGUUCAAGCUCUGUGCAUGCUUGGGACUCAUCCUGGCCAUUCUGGAAGAUGGCCAGUUGGAUUCAGUGACACUGCAUAGACCGGCACAGUCCAGAUUUAGCUGUCUGGGCUCAUCAGAGUUCAGUGUGCCUCUAACUGUGAGUGAACAUUGACAAACGAGCUGGGACAAAUUCCUCUGAGUCUGCAGCAAGUCAAAGUUCAGCCGUGGCUGUAAGGGAAGCAGCUCCUGCUUGGAGAGCUGCUAGUAACGCUCAAGCAUAGGGAACUUCUUCCUGUCUCAUUGUCAACACACAACUGGCUUUUGUAGCAGUGUCUUUCAGUGUAUGUUUUGCUUUAAAAUUCACAUUUUUCCACAUGGCAUCUCUGAUGCUAAGUGAUAAACUUGGGAAGGUUCUUCCCUGUUACUGGCUGUAGCUUGGUCAGAGCUGAAAGAUCCUGAUCCUUUUGGAACGGCUCGUUGGCCUUUCAUAUCUGUAGUGCUGUCCUUCCUUGAUGACACGGGAGAUACAAGUACUGUAGAGAUCAAGGAAAAAAGUGCAGGGAAGUAAGCUGAUAACUGUCCCAGAGCAGAGGGUCGGAUUAAAGGCUUGAAUUGUGAGAUUGAAACCCAGAUUUGAAAUUCUGUGAGGCUCCCCACUAUAGAGACAGAGGCCAUUCCUUCAGCAUGGUUCUGGGCUUGGAACAGCAUUUCCUCACUGGCAGCAUUUCUUCACUAGGAGUGUAUGCUAAGCUUCUUGUUGAAAUUUCUGCUCUGUGCAGUGUCAUUUCUUUUCCUCCAGCAGCUCCUGAGGUGGCUGCAGUACUUGGCUCCACCUCAAAAUCGAGGUGGACAGCUUACCCUCUAGCAACCAAAGUUGAUAGCAACUCUGCUUGUGGUUUCCCUAGAGAGGAAAGUUGCUGCCACAGAGAUCCUUAGGUCCUGCCCUCACUCUCAGUCCCUGUUGCUCUAGUACUGUGCAGAGAUCCCGGCCAGUGAGCACUGAGCCUCACACACAUGGAUUUUGGAAGUGUUGCAGAUAAGGAGAAUGUAAAUGCUCUGACGGAGCAAGCACAGCAUCUUGCUAACAAAAAUGUGCAGCUGCAGGAUAGGAAUGAGAGGCUCCAUGCGGGGUUUGGAGACGUGCAGGAGAGGAUGAGGAGGCUGACUGGCUCCAAACCAGAUUUGUCACCCAGAACGAUCUUCAAUGAAGAGGAAAAACUGAAGAUUUCCAAAGAACUUGUUGAUCUCCAAAUUGAGACAAACAAAAUGAAGGAGCAGUAUGAAACGGAGAAAUUUGAACUGAAAAAUAUGAUCCUGGCCCUGGAGAACCGUGUGCUGGAACUGGAGCUCCGCAGUGAGAAAGUCAGUGAGGAACGUGAUGCCUUACGGGAUCACCUGCACACUCUGGAGACCAGCAGGAGGGAGCUGGCAGAUGAGUACAUCAUUUUGAAGAGUAAUUACCUGGCGCUAGGCAAAGAACUCGAUCAGGAGGUCUUAAAGAAUGAAGAACUCAGCCUAGAGCUGCUCAGCCUGACCAAUGCAAGGAGCACAGAGAGCAACCAUCACCACUCCCAUGCCUUGGCCACCGAGCCUGCUGCCGAGCCAGACAGAGUGCGAGUAACGGUGCAUCGUCCCCCUGCUCAGAAGGUGAAGCCAGAAGACGUGGCUGCCCCUGAACAGGAGUGGCAAAACCCGGGAAGAAAUUUGCUUGGAAACCAGGAUCACAUAAAAGAGGAGAUUGAAAAACUGAAGCAAACCUACGAUUCGCAGCAGCAGAAGCUGGAAGAGAAAGUGAUCGAUAUGGAGAAGGAGCUGCAGAAGGCGAAGAAAGCAGUCCAUGACCCCCAGCAGAAACUGGCAGAGCAAUCAGCAGUGCUGCUCGCCUCUCGGAGCCAACUCCAGGAGGUGGAGGCAGAGAACUCCCAGCUGCAGUUGAAGCUAAAGGAGCUGAGCGAGGAGUACCGCUGCCGGCUCACGCAGUACAUCAGGGACGUGGCGGAGUACAUGGACAGCAAAUCCAGCACCCGAACCGGGCCUAGCAAGGCCCUAGCUGAGCAUGCAGACAUGAAGGGCUUUGUGGACAACAUGCUGAAGGACAUCAGAGCUUCCUACAAGGCUCGGGAGGAGCAGCUGGCUGGAGCAGCACGCAGCUACAAGAAACGCAUGAAAAACUUGGCCAAGAAGCAUGAGAACCUGCUGAUUGCAUACAGUGUGCAGCGAGAGAAGAUCCGCUCCGUGGGCAGCAGUGAGAUGGAUUCUGGCCCUGCUGAGCUCCACUUUGCCAUCACAGACCCAGAGCUGCUGACAAACACAACCCAGGAGCUAAACCGGCUGCGGGAGAACAAAGCCAAACUGGAGAUGCAGUUACACGAAUUGCAGAAGAAAAGACUGAAAGAAACCUCUGGUUUUCAGCUGUCUCCUGAUCAGAAGCGGGAUGAAGAGGGCUGGGCAGAGGUCAGGAAGCAGCUCCAGGAGUUCACACACACCACCCAGGAGGAUCUGGAGAAGGAGAGGAGUCAGCUGCUGACACGGGCAAUUGUGGCAGAGGAACAGGUGUCGGAGCUGCAGGAUUACAUAGAGAAGCACCUAGCAAGGUACAGGCAGGAGGUGCUGUGGGUGAGGAAGCUCGCUGGUGGUGAGGAACAACGUGCACGCAGUGCUGGGGCAGCUGAUGCUCACUCACUGCCCAGAUCUAGGAGGGCCAUCAGCCGUGAGCUCUAGCUCUGCCCUGCAACUCCAGGAAGCAGCACAGUUAGAGUUUUAAAGAAAAGGACUUUCUGUCCUGAGGCUGGCCGAGGCAAGCAGCAUCAUUCCCUGGCCGAGAGCUGGGAUGCACAAUGCAGGGAACCAUAUGGGUGUCCUCGGUGUCAAAUUAACUGUACUAAAAUGGAACAGACAGUGA